AUGGGGAGCGGGAGCAGCCGGGCCCUGCGAAGGUUGCGGGGCUCCGACAGUCGCCCCGCGGGGUGCAGCGGGGGUGCUCCGGAGUCCGGGACCGCCCCGGAGGAAACCCGGGAGGCGGCGGGAGGCAGCGACCCCGGCCCCACGGCGCCCCAAGACAGCCGCGAUGAGACGCUGCGCCUGCUGGACGAGCUGCUGGCCGAGUCGGCCGCCUGGGGCUCCGGGGAGCGCACCCCGCGGAGCCAGGCGCGACCCCUAUGCGCCGGGGGCAUCGGGAGCCCGGUGAGUGACGGGUCCGGUUGUCCCCGAACCGCGUCUAUUGGGUCUCCCAAUCCCGGAUCGCCCCCUGCACCCCGCGUCCUACUUUGCACCCGGAGAACUGUGAGCUGGCCCUGA